UACGACAGUGCUUGCAUUUGUCGAAGCAAAUUCUUCGACCUUCCGAUGAAAUAGUUCAUUCAUUAGUGAGGCAUUAUUUGCAAGUGAGGCAUUAUUUGCUUGGCUACUUAGUUAAUCUCGCCUCUCACGUCCGGCGCUGAUACAUCCUGCGCUUCAGAAGGGUCGAUGGCUCAUUUAUACACCUUCGGCAUUCUGUCCCUUCUGCGGACAGCAUAUACGCACAGAACCGACUGCCGGCCAUUGUGCUUUCAAGACGUGUGUCCUGCAAACAAGGACCGGGUUUUAAACACGUAUAUUAGUAAAGCAGGACCAGAUCCAGAUCUUCCCGAUUCAUGCGCGAAGGUGUUGUGCCCACGCAUCAUGAGCUUGACCGACAACAAGUGGCUUUGCCGUGAUGACAUUGAUCCAGAUGUGAAGUCAAUUGAGGAAUAUGCGGACCCAUUCGCAUAUGUAGACGCUUGGGGUGAGCAGAUGGAUGAUGGAAGUGGAGAGCGCCGGAAACGAUGGAUUGACAGUAUUGAUCAGGGGUGCCAGACGCCAGAUGGAUAUGCAGCAAAAGACGGAACAACAUGCAUGAUGUCGGAUUCAAUAAUCCACGGUCCCAAUGACGGCGGUGAAUGUCACCUCGGUGUAUGCAAGAAUGGUCGAUGUGAAUCGGCGUUAUACUCAACAUGUGCAACAUAUUAUUGAAACUGAUGACACGAGCUCACGGCAGGAAUACUUCAUGUCUAGAAUUGUUUUGCCAGAGAAAAGUA